GCUGGAGCUUGGGGUCGGCGGGGUCAUGCGUCCAUGUGGCCACGGAGCCCUUCUCGCGGGACUACUGGCCCGGCACCAGGCGCCUGAAUCGGAAUGGGCUGAGAAAGCUUAUUAGAGAAUGUUUCUGCAGGACUUUCCCUGAGGUUGGAGAUUCAAGUUCUACGGAGAAUUUGCUGUGAAAGUUAUAUAUCCAGUUACGUAAAGCAGAUGCCACUAACUAAUUAAAGCAUAGAUGAAAAAUAUCUUGAACAAAAUAAGCAUUCAGCCCUUUAGACAUAAGCAAGGUUGAUGUGCACAUUUGGGAUGUCAGUCCUUUGAAGAUAUCCAAGGCAGCUUCGCUCACACGGAGAGGGGAGCCCCCGUCGAGGCUUUCCGCGAUGCCUCUCUUCACGUCCAACCCGUUUGACCACGAUGUGGAAAAGGCCACCAGUGAGAUGAACACAGCAGAGGACUGGGGCCUCAUUCUCGACAUCUGUGAUAAGGUGGGACAAUCGCGCACUGGGCCGAAAGAGUGCCUUCGGGCAGUUAUCAGGAGAUUGAACCACAAAGACCCCCACGUUGCCAUGCAGGCGCUGACGCUCCUUGGGGCAUGUGUAUCAAACUGCGGUAAAAUCUUCCACCUAGAAGUUUGUUCCCGAGACUUUGCAAGUGAAGUCAGCAAUGUUUUGAAUAAGGGUCAUCCAAAGGUAUGCGAGAAACUGAAAGCCCUUAUGGUGGAGUGGGCGGAGGAGUUCCGGAACGACCCGCAGCUCAGCCUGAUCUCUGCCAUGAUUAAGAACCUAAAGGACCAAGGGGUAUCCUUCCCCACAGCCGGCUCACAGGCAGCAGAGCAAGCCAAAGCGAGUCCGGCUUUAGUAGCUAAAGACCCCACUACCACUGUCAACAAAAAGGAGGAGGAAGAUUUGGCCAAAGCCAUUGAGUUGUCCCUGAAGGAACAACGGCAGCCUCAGACCCCCAUCACGGGCCUGUACCCCAGCACCACCAGCCUGGUGACCAACCACAAGGUCGAGGGCCGCAAAGUGAGGGCCAUCUAUGAUUUUGAGGCUGCAGAAGACAACGAGUUGACGUUCAAAUCCGGGGAGAUUAUCACCGUCCUGGAUGACAGUGACCCCAACUGGUGGAAGGGGGAAACAUACCAAGGGGUGGGUCUAUUCCCCUCAAACUUUGUAACGGCAGACCUCACCGCCGAGCCUGAGAUGAUAAAAACAGACAAGAAGACUGUGCAGUUCAGUGAUGAGGUCCAGGUGGAGACCAUCGAACCUGAGCCUGAGUCAGUAUAUAUCGACGAGGAAAAAAUGGAUCAGUUGUUACAGAUGAUCCAGAGUGCUGACCCCUCAGAUAACCAACCUGAUCCUCCAGAUCUUCUGCACCUGGAAGCUGCGUGUAACCAGAUGGGCCCUCUCAUUGACCUGAAGCUGGAAGAUAUCGACAGGAAGCACUCCGAGUUGUCAGAUCUCAACGUGAAGGUGAUGGAGGCUCUCUCAUUGUAUGCCAAGCUGAUGAAUGAAGACCCUGUAUACAGCAUGUAUGGAAAGCCACAGGCCCAACAGUACUAUGUACCCACAGGGUCUCCACAGGUAUAUCCAGUUCAGCCCCAGAGCAGCACGUACGCAGUGGGGGGGGCACCGGGGUACUCCUUGCCUCCAGAGCAGCUACCCUCUCUGCCCCCUGCUGGCCAGCCGGCUUCCAGCAUCAUGAUGAAUUCCACUCCAGCCAGUGGUUACAUGGCUGCGUCCGCUGCCUACAGCCACUGCCCUGCUGGGAUGGCCCCCAGUGACCUACAACCAUACGAGGCCUCCCUGAACGGGGCAGCGGCAGUGCCCCAGGGUGUCCCACAGUCUGCCGAUGGCCAACAGCAAGUGUAUACCCAGAAGGCCUUGCUGUAGGGCCCCUCAAUGUCUCCCUCCCCGGACUGGAUCUCCGGCUUCUCUGCGUUUGAAUGUUGAAGGAGCUGAGAUCUUAAGGGUGUUCAGAGUGGGGAGGGGGGGUCAGGGCAGUGCUGUCUGUAGAUUUUGGUACUGUACAACUGGAAUCGAGUGCUGCCCGACUGGUUCAAACUGGAAAAGGCAUAAAGGAUUUGUUUCUGUUCUUGUUUCCCCUCCCCCCACUCCUAGUAAGGAACACUAAUUAGUCAAAGAAAUCUAAUAACACUAGGGUGUCAUAUCGUAACUGUCACAAGAUCUUAGGAGAUUUUACUAAAGACUUGACAUCAAGGCAGCAACGUAGUACAGAUAAAAAUAAAGCUGUAUGCACAUGCCGUACAUGUGAGAGCAUUGGGGGUCUACUUCUGGUUUUGGUCUUUGAUUGGCCUGACCCAGGUACCAAACCAGGUAUGGCAUUAAUGGCUUUAAACAGUGUUCUGUUGAUUUUACAUAACGGUGACUUUGUAUGAGAAAUAGCUGUCUUGUUUUUGUAGUGUAUUUUAAUUUAUAUUUGAUUCUUUUUACUGUUAUGAAAUUCUUUUAAUGCACAACAUUAUGGGAAAUAUUCUAAUGUGAAGAAACGACUAGAGUCCCCCAUAAUGCCCGUAGUCAGAUUUCUCGGACUUGUAACUGUAUUCUUUGGUGAACCAAUACAUCACUUCCUGUCUGCUUGUGGGAAGAACGUGAUAAACACUAUUGCAUGGGCCAUUAAUGAAUUCCGACUGUGCUGGUUCAUUAGCACUUUGAAGUUUGAGCAACAAGGGACCAGGAUUUGUUGAGCACCUAUGAGUUGGUGUCCGUUUGUCCUUUAUGGGAACGACGAGAGUGAUACUCCCUUGUCUCAGCCUAUGUCCUGGAGAUAGACAUACUGUGAAAUUCAGCAUCACGUCUCCAGUUUGCAUUUCUGGACAGCUCUUUAAUCUCUCAUCUCUCGAGCGUGAACUAAACUUCAUUAUCCACUUAUCGACUGUAGCCAGAAUCGGGUAACCACAGCUGAUCUGGACUGCAACACAUCAAACUAAAGAAUGGGGGACACCUCGUGGGUAACAGUUGAUGGUCAUUAAUAUUUGAGGUGUUACUCAAAUAGCUGUCCGCAUGCAUCCAUCACAGUAUUAUGUUAUUACUGUUUCAGAGACUGGCAGUGAUUGUAGUUUGUUCCUCGUUAAGCUAUUACCCAUACUCUCCCAACGACCAGAGGAGCUUUCGGCUUUUAAUAUUUAAUUAUUCAAAGUCUCACUGUGGAAAACAUUGACUUAAGUGACUGACGCUGUUUCUGGUUGAGGAAUGAUGAAUCGUUAUCAUGGGGAAUGCUGCCAACUAGCGGUACAGGGGUUUGGACGAGUGGGACUCGUCUGGGGUGACUUGGCUGUGUCUGUGUAGUUUGGGAUGCAGUCAUUGAAAAUGUACAGUUUUCACGGUGCGUUGUAUGAGGUGCAGCGUGCAGCCUUUCUGGUAAUGGGGAUCCUUCACUGCUAGCUGAUCAUCUGAUCAAGCUUCGUCUUAUCCGCAGAAUCGCUGCGGAUUGGGAAACAAAUGAUUGCACUAAACAGCCCGUGCAAAGCCGGUCUUGUUACGGACUUUCUGCAUGUGUAACUUUUUUCUUUUGAAGCGUGUCAGGUUGUGGCUGCUAGUUGAAAUAUAUCGCGGGGGAACGCAGGAAAGCAGUGUCCACAUUGUGCCGUGCUGCUUUCGGUUCGUUUUGUCAUCUAUGCUGUCCGGAAGAGUCCAGAUUUUGUUUUGUUGAUUUUGUUUUUUUUUUUUUUUUUUUUUUUUUAUUUUGUAUGAAGAUCUGUCUACAGACUGAAGUAACAUGUUGAUUAGAAGGCUGAUGAUCUUGCACUGUGUUCCUCUAGUUAAAAGCAGCAGGAAACAUACAUUUCAGUAGAUAUGCUUUUGUAGCUAUGGUUUGCCUGAAGCAUUUAAUGGACUGUAAGGAAUAAGGUGCGCAUUAAUUAAUUCGUUUUUUUUUUGUUCCUAACUGUUUAUUUUUUCGACCAAACUGUGAAGAGUCCAGCAUUAGGACCAGUGAUGUUAAAUUAACAUUUUUAAAAUAUUGUUUUUGCGUAUUUGGCAUGCUUUGAACUUUUAGCGACCUGUCGAAUUCGGUUACAGUUAUGUCUCCCCCCCCCACCACACUAAUAUUUUAUUUAUGCUUUUUCUUCAUUGACAAAGAGUAAAAAUGUAAAAUCCAUGGGAGAUGUCAGACCUGGUCUUGGGAAGUCCUGUGGCCUUCGGGCUGCUCUCCUAAUGAUCUGCUGAUUGUUUGCCACUGUGCACCUGAUGGUAAUGAGGAUUAAAUGAGGCUUGUGCUCUUUGCCUUUCUGUUCAUUUUUCUUCUUUUUUUUUUUUAACAAAAAUGAUAGUGAAUGUUGGUUGGUUUGUUUGUUUUGAUUUGGAGUGAUAUUCUCAAUAGUGUGGUGUGUGGUCUGCUAUCCCAAGCAGACUUUCUUCCUAGGAAUCUCAUCUAUUUAUGUCUUCAGUGGCCUGAGGAGCAUUAGUGCCGAACCGAAUAUCGUCUGAUUUAUUAUCCAAUGGGGGCGCAGUGGUUAAACAAUGGUGAAGAUCUCGUGUUCAGAAUGGAGAAUGGCUCCUGCUCCCUUUAGAAUAAGAAAUUCCCCAAUGCAGCUAAUUCUGGAUAGGGUGGUAGGAUGGAAUGUUUAAAUGUAUGAGAUACAAUGUAAAUAAUUCAUUUUAAUGAGGACAUCAGCUGGACUGUGUAUAGCUGUCUGUGUGUACUGGAAGCUUUUGGGUGGGGGGGCUGUGGAUGGUGCCAGAUGCCUGUAGAACUGGUCCAGGCUGUCAUUGACAUACUGUAUUUAUGUAUAUUAAUGUCCAGUAUCCCCCCCGCCCCAUGUACUCCUCAGCUUUAUGGAGUGAUGUUUUUGUUUUGUUUAUUUUUUUUUGGGGGGGGGGUGGGAGCUGUCACUGUGUUAUACGUAAAUGCACGUGCCCCGUACUGCCACUGGAUGGCAGUGUUUAGUAAUGGUCCACGAGGCAGCCGUGUGCCAUCUUUAGCAUUACCUGUGUCGUAAUAUUGUAGACGAGCGAGCAAAUUUAAGGAGAAGCACCAACAACUUUCUGCUAUAGACCUCGAAUGAGUCCAUCCCUGUGAAUACGGAGCUGUUGUUAUCGGGUUAUGAAUGCAUUAAGACUUCAAACGCCUGUGUUUUUCCUCCCAAGAUUAAAAAUGAAAAA